AACCCACCAAGUCGCCCUCUGGUCUUCCACUCAUCCUCUCUUUACAUCCACACUUACCAUGGCCAACUCUUCACAGAAAAAGAUUGCUCACGAAAACACGAAGACCUUGCUCGCCCUUCGAAAAGGAUUCAUCUGGGUCAAUGCUUUCUACAUCUUUUACAGGAUCAUCUACCGCUGGAGCACGUUUGGAUUCACACUGGCAUUGGGAUACCUCUUCACUGCAGGAUUGACCGUUUUCUUCUACAUGCAGAUCAAUGCCAUGGGCAGGCCCCGUUACAACUCCAAGGGCGAGCUCGCUGAUGCUGGCGAGGAUCUGUCGCAGGAGGGCCUUAUCCAAUAUGCAUUCGACAUCAUCUACGUGACCUGGUUUGUCCAUGUCACUUCAGCUUUCUGGUCCAAGAUGUGGUGGUUCUACCUCGCUAUCCCCGCAUAUGCCGGAUGGAAGGCAUGGCACCUGGCUGUUAAGCCCAUGUUGGCUCGUGGAGGUAUCGGCGCUGCUGCUGCUGCUGGUGAUGGUGCUGCUGCUGGCGGCGCUGGUGCCUCUGGAAGUGCGGACGGAACAAAGUCCAAGAGACGCGAGAAGAUGGAGAAGCGUGCAGAGAAAGGAUCUCAAGUCCGCUAUCGCUAAAAAGCAUCAGGAUCCUGAUCAGUCCUCCACCAUCCUCAUUAAAUUGCGUAGAGGAGUACCAUACGUUGUCUAAUAGAACAAAAAAUAAAAAAGUGGCAUGUCAAUCUGUAAAAAAAAAAAAAAAAAA